ACAUAAAACGAGAGGACCUCAAACGCAAUUCGAAACAACCUCAUUUCCUGCGUGCGCAUCUCAACCAACAGAGACAGCAGCUGAUAUUUGUUGUUGUUGUGACGGUGACGCGGCAGACCGGCCAAGCGGCAAAUGAGUCAGCAACGAUAGCGGUCUUUUUCUUCCGACGUGGAAAUUUAGGGCUCACAGAAUUGUAACUAUCUGUGAUUACCACAUCUUAGCGAAAAUGGCGGUUCCUGCAACCCCUAACCUGCAGUUGAACGCAGCAAGACAAAGCAGUCCCGUCAACUCUUCAGAUAAUAACAUCGAUUUCGACGAAAAAGAUUUGGAAAACAUACCGCAUACCGAAGAAGACGGCACUUCUCUACCUUUGCAUUCUCCCUGGACAUUUUGGCUUGAUAGGUCAUUACCAGGGACAACAGCAGCAGAAUGUGAAUCAAAUCUGAAGAAAAUCUACACAGUGCACACGGUUCAGAGUUUCUGGAGCGUUUAUAACAACAUUCCCCCCGUGACGGGUCUGCCACUGAGGUGUAGCUACCACUUAAUGAGGGGAGAGAGAAGACCACUGUGGGAAGAAGAAAGCAACGCAAAGGGUGGUGUCUGGAAGAUGAAAGUGCCUAAAGAAAGCACUCCUGCAGUAUGGAAGGAGUUGCUAUUGGCUACCAUUGGUGAACAGUUUACUGAUUAUUGUGCUUCAGAGGAUGAGGUGGUUGGAGUCAGUGUUAGCAUGCGCGACCGCGAGGACGUGGUUCAAGUUUGGAAUGGAAAUGCGUCUUUUGCCACCGAAGCAAACAUAUUAGGAAGAAUCUAUGAACUACUUCCACAGAUAUCUUUUAAAGCAGUAUUUUAUAAGCCACAUAUGGAGCACCACGCGUUUGAAGGAGGUCGCUCAAGGCAUUAGCAGGCUUUGCACAUUCAGCAAUUUUUUUUCUUUUUUAUGUAUUUUUGUGGACGGUUUCAAGAAAGAUGGACUGAAUUCUCUUCUCUCAAGAACACUACUGUCUAAGCUCAGACGUUUUAGUUGUGCGAUCACCACAUCGGCCUGGGAAAACAGAAAAUGUUAUGGUUUUUUAGGUCUUUAUCAUGGAGUUUUUUUUUGUUUAAUUUUAUCAGCAAUACCUAAAAGGAGAGCAUUCAACAGUAGCACAUGUACUAUAUUUUGUUCCAGUUGGGGGAAGAUUUCCCCAAUUCACAGAAAGUUGUUGCUUCAGGAUAGUUCACUCUGUAGAUGCACUGCUGCUUCAAAAAGUACACUCAGCGUGUGCACACAUCUGUUCCCUUUACCACAGUGAUCAUGCUCUGCAUUCAAGAGAAUUCUUCUGCAAUUGCCCAUUUGCAUUGAAAUUCUUUCAGUGUACACUGCUUUGUUCAUAUGCAGGAUAUUGCACACAUCUUCUCAUAAUAUGUCAGGAACUUAGACAGCAGACAAAUUGACCCACAAACAGAACUGUAAUUGAGUAGUUUAGCUGCUGAAGGUCAGCAAAACUCUGACACGUGGCAGCUAAGGUGCUUUGAGUUUCAUGCGCUUCAUGACUUAAGCUCUGAAAGCCUGUAUACAAUACAGCCUCUACGCUCCCUGCUUCUUGCGAAGGCUCACUUACACAUAUGUAGUCCUUAACAUUUUUACCACUAAUUUUAUCAAAUUUUCAAAUGGCAAAAGUUUCAGUUGGGGAGCUGUGUUUAGUGUUUUAAUCUUGAGCAUUUUUUACUCACAAAAUCAAUAGUUUGGGGUCUUUGUACUUUCACACACUUCAAGACUUGGCUUUCAUGCUGUAUCUGCUUUACGGUUGCUUGUUUGUUUUGCAUUACAAUAAUGUAAUGAACAGUGUGAUGAGUGAAUAGUUUUCAUUGCACCCUUUCUAGUAGCGCUACGUUUUAUACUUAAUUGAUGAUCGAAGACUUUAAUCAUUAAGAAAUGGUUAGUACUUUGACCCAUUUAUACAUUGUUUUGAGUCGGGUUUGACAGAGAAUGGGCAGAGACUUUUUUUUCUUUUCUCCUGCAUCGACUUAGCCACUUGUCAAACCAUAUUGUGUCUUUUUGUUUGUUUGUUUUCUUUUGACCCAAUGGGGUUAUCCCAUGCUUUGCGCUGUCUUACUGUGGUCUGAACAUGGAAACCGUUUUUUGUGAGUUAUGGGGACAUGGGCAUUUAUCACUUUGCCAGUAGUAUGGCUAGAAAGUGGGGCAAACAUGAGCUGUAGUUUCUCUGUAACCAAAGACACUGUUUCUGCCCUCUCCUCCACUCACACCCAACUUCUGUUUCCCCUUGUGUCUCUUGUUUUUUAGUUUUUUUUUUAAGGUGGGCAUAAAACUGCACAUGAGAAACAAUGACUCUAUAUAUGCCCUGGAUAUAUUGAGAAGAAGAGGGAAAAGAAACCUUUGUAGUUGUUUGCAUUUACUUGCCUCUUGUGCUGAGUUUUAAAGGCUUUUAUUUCAAGUGUUUAAUCUAUCACCCCGUACAGUCAGUUAAGAGUUCAUCUUUUUUGGAACACUUGUCAGAGCAGGAAUGUAAAAUUCAGAAAGGCCUGUGUUGUGACUCAGGUCACAUGUAUGUGAAAAUGCACUAAAAGCACAAUUAUGUCACAAGCUCCAUCAUGUUUGAGCAAGAAGGAAAGCACAUCUUUACAUGCCGCUUGGCUUUCCUUAAUGCAGCCUUUCCUAUAUGUGGUAUCUUUUUACAAAAGUACUGAAAUCAAUAUCUUUAUUUUUCUGAGUACAUGUGGUGUUAAACCAGGGCUCCCAGUCAUGAUCUGAGACCUCAAACCGAUUGUUGAUCUUCUGGAAUGGUGCCUUGUGUUUUCCCAGGGUUUAUGUCAUAGAAUGUUCAGUUUUAUUUCAAUGUAUUUAAUCAGUUAUAAAUUGAAUAUUUUUGCCUAUAGGUUUUGAUCUAUUGAUUUAAAUAAAAAACAAACACAAUUGUAA